UCAACCCACAGUUGGGCCGAGUUUGAGCCCAAGCCUUGGGAAGAGACUGAUAUCGAUAUCCAAGUAACUCACUGUGGUAUCUGCGCAAGCGACUUGUCCAUGAUGAGGAGUCACUGGGGCCCCAUUGUCUACCCAUGCAUUGCUGGACAUGAGAUUGCUGGUAUGGCCGUGCGUGUGGGCACCAGCGCCACCGGUGAUAUUAAAGUCGGCGACCGCGUUGCUGUUGGUUCCCAGGCUGAUGCGUGCCUCAGCAGUUUCGGGGACUGCGAGUAUUGUGACUCUGGUGACGACCAGUACUGCACCAAGCAAGUCAGUACCUUUGGCGGUCAUCAUUUCAAUGGCGGUGUUGCUUAUGGAGGCUUCGCACUCCAUCAUCGCUGCCCUUCGCAUUUUGUUAUUAAAAUCCCAGAGGGUGUUUCCUCUGCCGACGCGGCCACGAUGAUGUGCGGCGGCAUCACUACUUACUCGCCAUUGCGGCACCACGGUUGCGGCCCCGGGAAAAGCGUGGGCAUCGUGGGCAUGGGAGGACUGGGCCACUUUGGCGUUCUUUGGGCGAAAGCUCUCGGUGCUGAUAAAGUGACGGUCAUCUCGCGUACUUCCGCUAAAAGGGCUGAUGCCAUCGCUAUGGGUGCUGGUGGCUUCAUUGCGACUGACGAGGAGGCGACUUGGGCUUCGGACCACGCUCGAUCCUUUGACAUUCUCCUGUCCACUACCCCUUCUUCUAAGGAUUACUUGGGACUCGUGCGCAAUGAUGGAACAUUGGUCCAGGUCGGCGUGCCCGAGAGUCUCUCCGUCACUUUCAACCCACAGGCUCAUAUGAUCAUGAGAAGGGUCAAAAUGACUGGAUCGUUCAUCGGAUCUCCGACAGAGACGAGGGAAAUGCUACAGUUGGCGGCUGAAAACGAUAUCAAGCCAUGGAUUGAGGAGUUUCCCAUGAAGAACAUCAACGAUGCGCUUCUCAAGAUGGAUGCUGGAAAGCCAAGAUAUCGAUAG